GAGGAGGUCCUUGGCAACACCGAACCAGAUAGACACGAAAAUACAUUGUAACAAGAAUCAGCUAACAUUGUUUACCUAAAGAAUUAAUGCGUCAAGGAACCAAAGAAGAGUCACUGUGUGCCACGGGUCCAAGGAUUCGACAGCAUUCAUAUCUGGAGGAGUGGGCUACUCAAAUUCCAAUCUGGAAAUGUUAUCGACAAUGUUCUGCACUGAUUCGAUGCAUUAAUUCAGAUUUCUAACCUCAACAUCUAGGCUACUGUACAUCAUUCCAAAAAUAAGCCAUGGGGCAUCCUCCUCUUGAGUUCAGCGACUGCUAUGAGGAUAGUCCGGAUUUUAGAGAAAGACUAAAAUGCUAUGAAUUAGAAUUGGAAAGAACAAGCAAAUUUCUCAAAGAUGUAAUCAAAGACGGCAACAGUGUAAUCAAUGCAAUCAAGGGUUAUUCAGUGGCAGUGCAGAAGUUCUCCCAGACACUCGGUGUGUUCCAGUUUGACUUCAUUGGUGAUUCUCUGACAGAUGAUGAGAUGAACAUUGCGGAGUCUUUCCAGGAGUUUGCUGGUCUCUUACAGGAAGUGGAGGAUGACAGGAUGAUGCUGGUUCAGAAUGCUUGUGAUCUACUUAUCAAGCCACUGGAGAAGUUUCGCAAGGAGCAAAUAGGAGUGACAAAGGAAAGAAGGAAGAAGUUUGAGAAAGAGAGUGAAAAAUAUUACUCUCAGUUAGAUAAACAUCUGAAUUUGUCUGCUAAGAAGAAGGAAACUCAGCUGCAGGAGGCUGAUGAGCUGCUGGACAAAGAGAGGCGGAACUUCUAUGAGUCGUCAGUGGAAUAUGUGUACCAGAUCCAGCAGGUGCAGGACAGGAAGAAGUUUGAUGUGGUGGAGCCUGUGCUGGCAUUUCUUCACAGUAUCCUGACACUCAACAACCUGACGGUGGAGAUGACACAGGACUUCAUGCCCUAUAAGCAAGAGCUGCAGCUCAGCUUGCAGAAUACGCGGAACCACUUUGAGAGCACUCGUGAGGAGAUGGAGGAGCUGAUGAAGAGAAUGAAGCAUCCAACCCAGAUUGGUAAAAUGCACAGCCAACCAGUCAUUGAGGGCUACUUGUACUCUCAGGAGAAGUGGGCCUUGGGUGUGUCAUGGGUGAAGUACUACUGUAAGUAUCACAAAGACAGCAAGCUGUUUGUCAUGGUCCCUGCUGAACCAAAACCUGCAACCAAACAGGGCCCCACAGAGCUGAAGCUUAAAUCCUGCUUCCGUAGAAAGACAGAGUCCAUAGACAAGCGCUUCUGCUUUGAUAUUGAAACUUGCGAGAGAAACACACCUGUCACACUCCAGGCAGUUUCGGAGGCCAACAGGAAGUUGUGGAUGGAGGCCAUGUAUGGAAAGGAGCCUAUUUAUCAUUCCCCAAUUCACAAGCAAGCUGAAAUGGAAUUGAAUGAAGUUGGAUUCAAGUUUGUGAGAAAAUGCAUCAACUAUGUUGAAACUAAAGGACUCACACAAGAAGGAGUCUACAGAACUGUUGGCAGCAACAUCCAAGUCCAGAAGCUUUUAAAUGUAUUUUUUGACCAGAAAUGCCCAGGGGAUGUGGAUUUCCACAGCAGUGACUGGGACAUAAAAACCAUAACCAGUGCCAUGAAGUUUUAUCUCAGGAGUCUAGCAGAGCCUCUGAUGACCUAUGGUCUCAACAGGGACCUCAUCUUAGCAGCAAAAUCUGAUAAUCUAGAUGAUCGACUGGGUGCAAUCCACUGCCUGACGUACAAACUCCCAGGGAAGAAUCGAGAAAUGCUAAGCCUACUGAUCCAACACCUGGUCAAUGUCUGCGGUAACAGUGGGGACAACCUGAUGACUCCCUCCAACAUGGGUGUGAUCUUUGGCCCCACCCUGAUGAGGGCAAAGGAGGAGACUGUGGCAGCCAUGUUGGAUAUAAAGUUCCAGAACAUUGUUGUUGAGAUUCUCAUUGAGGACUAUACCAAGAUCUUCUGCAGCGCACCAGAUGAGAGUUCCGCAGCUCCACCGAUGCCUCCUCCAAGGAUCACCCCAAGGAAACGGCAACCAAUCACCAUCGCCAAGCGUCCGCUCCGCAUCUGCCUAGCAGUUAAUUGUGGCCAGCUCCAGAACACUGAGAAUGAGCAGAAUGGCAGCAGACCAGAGGGGGUGGAUUUUGGCGGGGACACCCCAACGAGCCCCACACCUCUCCAAAGGACCAAACCUAUCACCGCCCCUCUACGGCUCCACAGGGACACUCAAAGGCAGGCCCUCCUGCCCAAGCCAUCCACCCGACAGGACAGACACUCAGACUCUGACGUUGCCAAACUGGUCGCUAAGCUACAAGACGGAGGUCAGAGGCCAGAUACAGCAGCAACAGUCAAUGGUGAGACAGGAGUCACUGUGAACCGAGCGCAGUCCUUCCAAUGUAGGAGACCACCUCCUCGAAGUGUUGCAGUCAUCAGAGAAGCAAAAAGUGAUGGCAUGAUAAAAACGAGGUCUCUAGCUGAGAAGCCUGCCAUCUGCAGACCUCCAACCAGACCCCCUGACCCCCCUAGCCGAUACCCUGCACCCCACAAGAGCCCCACUGCAGCCCCCAGCGAGGACACCCCAGCGUCGUAUGUUGCUUCCAAAGCCAAGUUUUUUGAGAAUGCUUCAAGGCAAUUUGGAAGCUCAUCGGUCUCACCUCCAGCAUCUACUUUACUCAAUGUGAAAGAGGAGAAUUUAAGUUGAUGAGUCUGUUACCAUGGCCUCUACUCCUGUCACUGACCUGUGGAAUUGCAGUGAGCAUCUGGACACAUACUGUACUGUAGUGGAACAAAGGAAACAGAGUGCAUUUUGUCCUGUCUGUGGACACCCUCCUGCUUGUUGCUAUGAGGGACCCAAUUAACAUGUUGUUUAAUUUGUGAUAAAGGAGCUCCAGUCUAGAUAUUAAAAACAAUCUGUUUAUUAAAGGAGGCCUGUAUAUGUCUCUGUCUGAUCCAAAUCUUGGAGAUUCUGGCAACUGGAUCAAUAUUUAUACAUUCUAUGGGAUCAACCCAAUAAUGAUGUAAUUUAAACAAAAACAAUUUACCUGUUAACUGAAUGAUGUAAUGUUAACUAAAUGAAUCCUAGUCCAAGUGGCUAGUUCCAGUAUACAGUUAUUUGACUUUUAAACUGCUCGAAAACAAGCUACUGUAGCUACCUAAUACCAUUUGGAUUCACAUACAUGUAGGCUAUACUGUAGUACCCUACUGUAACAGGUUGGAAUGAAAGCAAGUGACUCAGUUGUAGCACAAUAUUGUUAACUACAGUAGUAUCUAAUGCAAAACUGAGAGCCAAAGGUGCAGAAGUCUCAGUUGUUAUUUUACUGCUGCCGUUGAAUUAUUUGUUACUUUUAUUUUAAACUUUUUACUGAUCUAUUUUUUUACUUAACACUUAUUUUUCUUAAGAACAUGGGAAUGGUUGUGAUUUUUUUGUCAGAGACACUUUCUCUCUAACAGCAUCUAACAUAGUGUGACAGAGAGUGGAUCCUUAUUCAUUACUUAUUAUUUGCUAUCAUGGUUGGUUAAGUAGGACUUUAACCUUAAGCUUAACCAAAUUGAAUUAUGGUAUUCAGCACAUCAGAAUUCCUGUGGUCUGUAUUCAAUCACCAAAGUGCAUCAUGAACAGAAGGAGUAUAGUCAACAGUCCUAUCAUAUAACUCAAAUCAAAUAACAUUUUAUUUGUCACGUGCCAAAUACAGCAGCCCUUACAGUGGAAUGCUUACUUACAAGCCAACAAUGCUUUAAGAAGUUAAGAACCCUUAAUGCUGGAAUCCCUAAAUUCGUAGUGGUGAAACUGCCAUGUUCAUUUGCGAUAUUACAACAACAAAAACACUUCGACAACCAACACUGUUUUUUUUUUUCUUCCCCUUCGUACAUCAUUGCACACACAAUAGAACAGCACAGUAUGUACAACGACUUGUUUUUACCACGAUGCUACUAUCCUCUUCAUAAUCAAAACAAAUAAGAUAUGUGCCUGGGGGCGACUAUUGAUGCUGUUUCAACUCAUGCAGAUCUCAUAACUAAAUUAUUUUGGAUAGUGGAAUCCAAAUUAGCACUGGUUAAUUUGAAGGCUCAGGAGUCCUAGUUUUUGCCAUUGUUAUUUUGUUGAAGCCGAUGGUUGGCAUCUCUCCAUUUCCAUUUGGGUACUGUCAUUCAUACAACACUCCAACAUGAAUGUUUAUUAAGUAGUGUCAUGUAUGUACUGUGACUAAGACCAUAAUUUACUGUUGAAGCCGGAAGUUUACAUGCAUCUUAGCCAAAUACAUUUUUUCACAAUCCCUGACAUUUAAUCCUAGUAAAAAUUCCCUGUUUUAGGUCAGUUAGAAUCACCACUUUAUUUUAAGAAUGUAAAAUUUAAAAAAAGAAUAGUAGAGAGUGAUUUAUUUCAGCUUUUAUUUCUUUCAUCACAUUACCAGUGGGUCAGAAGUUAACAUACACUCAAUUAGUAUUUGGUAGCAUUGCCUUUAAAUUGUUUAACUUGGGUCAGAUGUUUCGGGUAGCCUUCCAAAAGCUUCCCACAAUAAGUUGGGUGAAUUUUGGCACAUUCCUCCUUACAGAGCUGGUGUAACUGAGUCAGGUUUGUAGGCCUCCUUGCUUGCACACACGUUUUCAGUUCUGCCCACAAACUUUCUAUAGGAUUGAGGUCAGGGCUUUUAUAGCCACUCCAAUACCUUGACUUUGUUGUCCUUAAGCCAUUUUGCAACAACUUUGGAAGUAUGCUUGGGGUCAUUGUCCAUUUGGCAAACCCAUUUGUGACCAAGCUUUAACUUCCUGACUGAUGUCUUGAGAUGUUGCUUCAAUAUAUCCACAAAAUUUUCCUUCUUCAUGAUGCUGUCUAUUUUGUGAAAUGCACCAGUCCCUCCUGCAGCAAAACAUCCCCACAACAUGAUGCUGCCACCCUAGUGCUUCAAAACAGUUCUAUUUUUGUUUCAUCAGACCAGAGGACAUUUCUCCAAAAAGUACGAUCUUUGUCCCAAUGUGCGGUUGCAAACCUUAGUCUGGCUUUUUUUAUGGCGGUUUUUGAGCAGUGCCUUCUUCCUUGCUGAGCGGCCUUUCAGGGUAUGUCAAUAUGGGACUCGUUUUACUGUGGAUAUAGAUACUUUUGUACCUGUUUCCUCCAGCAUCUUCACAAGGUCCUUUGCUGCUGUUCUGGGAUUGAUUUUUUUUUUUUAAGUACGUUCAUCUCUAGGAGACAGAAUGUCUCCUUCCUAAGCGGUAAGACGGCUGCGUGGUCCCAUGGUGUUUAUACUUGCGUACUAUUGUUUGUACAGAUGAACAUGGUACCUUCAGGCAUUUGGAAAUAGGUCUUUGCUGAUUUCUUUUGAUUUUCCCAUGAUGUCAAGCAAAGAGGCACUGAGUUUGAAGGUAGGCCUUGAAAUACAUCCACAGGUACACCUCCAAUUGACUCAAAUGAUGUCGAUUAGCCUGUCAGUAGCUUCUAAAGCCAUAACAGCAUUUUCUGAAGUUUUCCAAGCUGUUUAAAGGCACAGUCAACUUAGUGUAUGUAAACCUCUGACCAACUGGAAUUAUGAAUUAUAAGUGAACUAAUCUGUCUGUAAACAAUUGUUGGAAAAAUGACUUGUCAUGCACAAAGUAGAUGUCCUACCCGACUUGCCAAAACUAUAGUUUGUUAACAAGAAAUGUGUGGAGUGGUUGAAAAACGAGUUUUAAUGACUCCAACCUAAGUGUAUGUAAACUUCCGACUUCAACUGUACAUAGUAAUUCAAUUGGCAGGUACUGUACAGUGUUCUCAGUGUGGGUACACAGCCCACAUAGUACCAGCAACUGUUAUACCGGUUUGUGGCUUGUACCAUUUCAAAGACUUGCAAAUUAAUUCACAAUGGAGAUUACGGUGUCAUUUUAAGAAUGCAUUAUAUUAUGAGGGGAGGUUUAUGCAAAGCUAAUAUCUAUUACAAUGUCAAUGUAUCACAGAUGUGAGGAGUGUAAUUUACCUAACUGAACUUUAGCACUAUAACUUUAGCAACACUUAUUACUAUGAAGGAAACCAUUUUAUCUAACAUGUUUAUAACCACCUUUUUUGCACUUGACGUGGGUCCUUAGAAAAUAUAUAUUUUCUAAUCUACAUUCGGAUAACUUGUCUUUUGAUUUAAUUUAAUUGAUUCAUUAAUGAAUGUUUCAUUUGUGGAAUGUUGUGAAAAUGACAUUUUAAUACAUCUUUUAAGCAGUGAAGGGAAUUGUUAGGAAUCCUGGGUUGUGUGGAAGGUGAUGAGCAUUUUAUUUUGUUGUCUUCAAUGAUUUCUGUCUUAGAAUAUUUUGUGAAAGAUUGACAGCGCAGUUAAGAUCUUGUCAUUAGAGUUCCCAGAGGUUUUUCAUCUUUAAAUUGAGUCUCAACUCCCAUUUUUAUUUCUGUGAACAUUUGAACAAUGAAACAUACAUUUUCUUAUAUGUGUUUGACCUGCUUGACCCUGUCUGUAAUAUGUUCUUACAGGAACAACAACUGUUUUCAUCUGUUUUUGUAUGAAAAUGAUAUGAUUGUAUAAAACCAAUAUGCUCUUCAA